UGGCUGGAACGGCUAUCCGUCGGGGGUCGCAGGCGGAGCCGGGCGCUCGAGUCUGCGCGUUUCUGGCUGGCCGCGCGCGGGAACCCGCAGAGGCUCUGGCUGGACCCGGCAGGUCCCCGGAGGGAGGGGUGCGGCGGAGGCGGCUCUUCCCGGCCCGCCUUGGGCAGGCGGCAGAGAACCGCGGAGCCUCGGCUGGCCGGGCCUGCGGUCACAGGGAGCUCCGCGUAGCCGCGUGAACGGAGCAGCCCACGCCGACCCUUGCGGUGAUUUCCCCCGCACCUGCCCGGCCAACUGAGGCCCCCGCUGACCCGGUCAUCUCCCGCACUGAGCAGGGCGGUCACUCCCGCGCAGCCCCCUCAGGUACAGGAGGCACCUGGGCCAAGGUCUCCCUUGGUGGGGCCAGUGAUGGCGUCCGUGGACUUCAAGACCUACGUGGACCAGGCGUGCCGCGCGGCUGAGGAGUUCGUGAACGUGUACUACAGCACCAUGGACAAGCGGCGGCGGCUGCUGUCCCGCCUGUACAUGGGCACGGCCACCCUGGUGUGGAACGGCAACGCCGUCUCCGGGCAAGAGUCCCUGAGUGAGUUUUUUGAGAUGCUGCCUUCCAGCGAGUUCCAGAUCAAUGUGGUAGACUGCCAGCCUGUCCACGAUGAAGCCACCCCGAGCCAGACCACGGUCCUUGUGGUGAUCUGUGGGACAGUGAAGUUUGAGGGCAACAAACAGCGGGACUUCAACCAGAACUUCAUCCUGACGGCACAGGCCUCGCCCAGCAACACAGUGUGGAAGAUCGCCAGCGACUGCUUCCGGUUCCAGGACUGGGCCUGCUAGCGGGGUGACAGGACACCCCCAGCCUGAACCCUGGGCUCACUAAAGCCUGAGGGGCCCCUGUCUGGGCAUACAGCUGUUUGUCACAGCUGCCUUUUUGAAGUAGUAAAAUAUUCUAUUUUUCUAUUUGCCCAGUAGAGACUCUGGUUCUGGAAAUUCUGAUGAAUAAAAGGUUCAUACAAA